GUGUGCCCAUUUUAUUUUAAUUUUUGAAAGCAUGGUUCCAAACUUCCAAUUCUAUACAUUUGCAUGCUACUUAAGGUGUGAUAAUGAAUGCAGACGUCAAACGCGGUAAAACAACGUACGCAGGAUCGUUGAUGCAAUGAUGCCCCACUCGCUGCAUGUUUUCACGUUAACUUGAAAGAAAAAGUCGGAUCACGUCCACGCUCGUCUUACAAUUCUCUCCGAUCCACCUACGAAAAUCCAUAUUCGUUCCUUUUUCAAUUCUCCAGCAAUUUUUUAGAUUGUUUCAAGGUUCGUGGACUCCAUAUUCAAUUCCUUUCAACGUUUUUUCUUACAAUUCAAACAGCUUACGCCGAGCGAGGAUCGAGUAGUGUGCGAAGAGCGAGCGAGAAGUGUUUCUGAAUUUGAUCGGGUUUAAUUUGCUGCGGUGGAGAAGGAAAUACAUACAAAAUGGGCGAGGGGGAUGAUAAGGACUCGUUGGCGUACUCGCCGACGUGGGUGGUGGCCGCCGUCUGCACUUUCAUCAUCGCCAUUUCCCUCUCCGUCGAACGCAUCCUGCACUACACCGGAUCGCAUCUGAAGCGGAAGAAUAUGAAGCCCCUAUACGAAGCUCUCCAUAAAGUUGAAGAAGAGUUGAUGCUGUUGGGGUUUAUAUCAUUGCUGCUGGCUGUGUUUCAAGAUCGCAUAAGCAAAAUCUGCAUACCUCCGGAGGCGAUGCAUCAAAUGCUUCCGUGUACGGGACCUCAGGAAAAAGCCGCUGUGGAGUCUGAAAUGGCGGCUCCUCCUGUUUACCCAGGCGCAGAGUUCGAUAAUCAGCAAUCGCCGCCUCCACUGCUCGGUUUCCACGAUGAAGGCGCUCCUUACUGCGCUAAGAAGGGUAAGAUGCCAAUACUAUCUGUCCACGCCUUGCAUCACCUGCACAUCUUUAUCUUUACCUUGGCAACCGUGCACAUUACAUCUACCCUCAUUACCCUUAUAUUUGGAGUACUGAGGAUACGGCAAUGGAAGAUCUGGGAGGAUGAAAUUGCAAAAGCUAGUUACCAGACUGAGACUGAGUCUGGGAUCACUGAUGUCCAACAACAUGAUUUCAUUAAGUCUCGAUUUAAGGGCAUUGGUAAACGUUCAACUAUCUUGGGUUGGUUGCACUCCUUUGCUAAGCAGUUUUAUGGUUCUGUCACCAAGACAGAUUAUAUGGCACUUCGUUUGGGAUUCAUUAUGACGCAUUGCAGAGGAAAUCCAAAGUUCAAUUUCCACAAGUACAUGAUUCGCGCGUUGGAAGAUGAUUUCAAGAAAGUUGUUGGAAUUCGUUGGUAUUUGUGGAUAUUUGUCAUUCUCUUCUUGUUGCUGAACAUUCACAAUUGGCAUACAUAUUUUUGGGUAUCAUUCAUUCAUUUUGGACUUGUUAUUGCUGUGGGUACUAAGCUGCAGCAUGUGAUUAUACAAUUGGCUCAUGAGGUUGCUGAGAAGCAUGCUGCCAUAGAGGGUGAACUGGUUGUGCAUCCUUCAGAUGAUCACUUCUGGUUUCACCGCCCCAGAAUUAUUCUGUAUUUGUUACACUUCAUUCUCUUCCAAAAUGCUUUUGAAAUAGCAUUCUUCUUCUUGAUAUGGACGGAAUAUGGCAUUCAUUCCUGCAUAAUGGAGAAAUCCCAGUACUUUGUGCCUAGGCUCGUCAUAGGGUUUAUCAUUCAGUUACUUUGCAGCUAUAGCACAUUGCCACUGUAUGCCAUUGUUACACAGAUGGGAAGCCACUUCAAGCAGUCGAUAUUUGACGAUCAUAUACGAGCCAGCCUCGUCGACUGGGCUCAAAAGGCGAAGCAGAGGCAGGGGCAAAAAGCUGCUGCAAAUGCUGCUGGAGAUGAAGGUUCAUCAUCCACAGCCACAGGCGUGCAGACGGGAGAGAUUCGGUCAGCCAACAACCAGGACCAGUCAGCCAUUGAUAUUCGCCAGGCUUAAAGAAUCCUUUGCAGAUUGCAAUAUAAUGCCCGUUUUGUCGAUCUCCAACUUCCACAACUCUUUGCAGCUCAGGCUCAGGAUCUGAUCAUUUGUGUAUAUAGGUGAUGGCGAGUCCCCCGCGCUCACUGUACUAAAUUUUGUAUCAUGUAAUGUGGUUUAAGACUUAAGAGUACUAUACUAAAUUUUGUAUCAUAUUGUGAGUCUAAUUUUAUUGUAAUGAAUGAAUAUGUAAGAUCACGAUAUUUAACGAGUUGAAUUA